AUGGCGCUUGUGGUGGACAUGUCCUGGGCUUCGGAGCGUGUUGGCACCCUCACCAACGCCCGCGCCGAGGCCGACAAGUAUGUCCAGGACUACCAGAAGGCCAAGAACGACGAGUACAACCUCGCUCUCUCCAAGAACGAGCACGCCAACAGCGAUGCCAUUGUUCGCCUUUCCCAGAGCACCGACCAGGCCAUCCAGAGCAUCGACCAGGCCUACACCAUCAACAAGGGGACUGUCAUUGACAAGCUCCUGGAGACCAUCCAGAUCGUGGAUGUCAAGCCUCACCCCAACCUGGCUGACUUCGACGCUCGUGCCAACAACUAA